AUGCAGGACAAGCCCGUGAGUCCAGAAUAUUAUGCCGCCGCCGGCGUCGCAUCUUUCGGCUCUAUUUUUCCGUUUACUGUACGACGGCGUUCUGUACGGUCAGUACAACAGUACACCGAUCUCCGAUAUACUUAUAGUUUCUGCGCUUUAUCCAACCGCACAUUUAUUAUCGUAUGUUUGUACCAGUGGCGUGUUUACAAGACAGGCCGACUAGGCCCGGGCAUACCCGAUUUUUACUUGACGUUUUUGGCGUGUACGAAUAAUGCAUUCAGUCAAAUAUUAUAUCAAAUACGGUUUAGUCGUAUGUACUAACACAGAAUAGUAUUAGCUGUUACUUAUCACGUCUGGGUAUAGCAGAAUAUCAAAUGGCUGGGCUAGUACCCAUAGACCUUAUAUCCAGUAUAGGGCCUAUGCCGGUAACCAAAUUGUCUUAUCAGUAGAUAUGACGCUUCAGUAUUAGCUUAUUGUUCCGUAGUAAUAUGCAACGGUGAUGGCGUAUGGUGACAUGAUGUAAUAGAAUAUCAUGUAUCAAUGUUGUUACUAUAACAAUAAUUAUUAUGUAUUUUGAAAAGUUUAAACUUUAAAUUUGAAACGUCAUACAACGCGUUUCUUUAUAAUAAACGAAUAGAUUACUUUACAAACAGUUAAGUGAUCAAUGUACACAGUGGCGUAUUUUGGGCUUUUUUUUUCGGGGAGGGGGUGCCCUGAUUCUUUGGCACUGGCAAUAGUUUUUCUCCACAAAUAUUAACAUAGCUUCAUCACGAAUUCAUACAUGAAUACACCUUAAAACCUUACAAGUGAUAAUUUUCUUAUAAAAAAAUCUUAAGAUUGCUACUUAAAUUUUUGAUUAUAAUAAAAUUAUGACACGAAUAAAGUAUAAACUGAAUAAAUUAAAAUCAAUUUAGCACUUAAAUUUACUGAAUAAUUUCCCAUAUUUGUUUAAUUAAUUUUAUAUAUUCGUGUAUUCACAAUGUAUUCGUGUUCAUAAACCUAAUAAUAUUAUCGUUUGGCAGUCUCCAAUUGUUAUUAAUCCAUGAUAGAAAUUGUCAAAGCAGUUUUAAAAUAUUUAGUCAUUUGUCAACAAUAUUUUGCGAUAAUUCAGUGAUGAAUAAAACUAAAACAAAUAUUGGCGGGCGGGGGGUGAUUAACCCCGAGGACACCUCCCUUAAAUUCGCCGUUGAAUGUACAAAAUUUCGUUUCCCAUUUCUGAAUAUCGUUAAAUCGUUCUACUGUAAGACUAUAAAAAACACAACGGGCCUACCCGAAUAUUUUGUGCAGGACACGCCACUGGCACGUUCCACAUUUUCCUCUGCAGUGUCAAGAGUAUCUCUAAUAAUUAAUUCUGGAACGCAUUAGAUAGAUAUUUAUAACAUGAUAUUUAUAUCAUCUGGUUAACAACUUGCAUCAAAACGUGUAGGUUUUUAUUUAAAAAACUAAAGUGGUUAUCACCAUAUGAUACUCCUUGAAUGUCGUGUAAAAAUCGGAAUAUGCAAAAAUAUCGUCGUUCACUGAACUGAAAAACAGUGGUAAGCGAAUAUGACUAUUUUCCGAAUACAUCACAUUCAAAUAUUUACGAUCGAUUUGAAACCGGUACCCGAUCAGAUAUCUGAAAUCGAAAACUAUGAACCGUGUUACGAGCCCGCACGCGCCUUCCGCAAGAGACGCGUGCGGACCCGGUACGGUAGUACUUACCACACACGAAACCGAAUACCUACCCGAUGCAGCGGGCCUGCAAAGUAUACAGCACCGAAAUAUCGGUCGUGACAUAAUAUAAACGUGUUAUAAUACUAAUAUUGGUACAAUAACAGUACGUAUGUAAUUUCGGCGGUUUUGGCUGGUUUUGGGCAGCAAUGAAAUAUUGAUAGCAGCGGCUACGAACGACGGGCUGCGGGGGUCCCCCGGAGCAUACAUGACGCCGCCCGAAGCAUCGUCUAACCAGACGAGUCCACCGCGAUCGAAUACGAGCAACUUACGAGCAAACUCCGUUUUAUGAAGUAUUUUCGGACUUGUCAUAUUUUUGUGAAUUUAUUUAUUGGACUUGGGGUUUUUUUGUGUGGAAAAUAUUAAUUAUUUAUAAACUCAAGUCGGAGAUUGCUUUAUUUAAAACAUUUUUCCCCCGAGUCAUAUUUCUACGUUGGGCCCGUUACAGCCGAUAUCGAGAAAACUUGCUCAGAUUUCUACGUGUAGCACUUUUUCUGAAAGGAAAUCGGUGUGAGAUGGUACUUUAAGGAGAUCAUUUUUCAAUUUUCCCGGGAGUUUUCUGAAAAAUGAAAAAAAAAACGGGAAAACGUACGAAAUAUAUUACUAAAAUAUUACGGUUUUAUUUUCCUGUACACAAUUUUUCAACCAGCAAUUUUGCUGGAAAUAAAACGUGAGAAAAUCGAGAAAAACGUAAGAAAACUGGAAAAAUCGGUACAACAUUAAACAAAUAUUAAGCAAUGGUUUAUCGUUGCUUACAGGUUUACAAUAAAUUACCUAUAACAUUGGCUGCACCCGUCCCCAUUAUUCUAGGAUGUUUUUUUAAACAAUAUGUUUACAAUCUAUCAUCAUUCUUUAAUUUACAUUAUUAAACUAAAAACUCACACAUGAACAGCUGAUAGCAUUUGUUGUUUGAAACGGUUUUCUCAGAUUGUAAUAUUAAAUAUUAUUAUCGAAAUUAGACGUUUAUUGAAAAUGUAUAAAACAAAAUUAUUUCAAUUAAAUCGGGUCCAAUAUCGAUUUUGAAAAAAAAAAAAAAAAAACGAUAUUCUGAUACUCUCAAUAUCUCGGUUUAUGCCGAUACUCUCCACUGCUUGAAAAUUCCAAAACACAAAAUUUUAAUUUAUGCACAAUUUAGCCAUACAAAUGGGGUGAGCAUGCUUAAAAAAUUACGCCGUGCAUUGUAUUAUAUCUUCAAAGUUAUGUAAAUAACAAUAGUUCUUAAAAAAAUAUCCUUUUCCCCGUGACAAAGUCAUUUGACCGACACUGGACGCAAUAGUUGUAGUGCGCCCCGGUAUUAUUAAUAACCAAAAUAAUUAUCAACAAUGAUAUUACAUUAAUACGGUAGCGUUUGUUUCAGAGUGUUGUGCAAGCUCAACGUCAAGAUAACGGACUCGCUCGGUUCGGUUUCGGCGCCGUUCGUGGCCGGCCGGUUCACCGUGUCCGCCGCACGACUGGCCUACCUGGACGUGCGCGACAGUUGCGCAACGGUGACGGGAGCGUUUCAGACCCAAUUGUUCAUCAACAUCGUGGGCAACGUGUUCGGCGUCACGUUCAUGAUGCUCUCCGCGUUCAACGCGCUCAUGUCGGACGGCACCAGCACCGUCCAAAUCACACUGUAUUUUUUAUACGAUUCGCUGUUGCGCACACUGCAAAUGUACUUCAUCAUAGACGCUUGCCACACGACCGUCGAACAGGUCGAGUCUACUAUUUGAUAAUAUUGUAAUAUUGUGCGAGUGAAAUGUCCGGAUGGUGUGCAGUUUGCACUGUACACGAAAAUAACUGCAACGCGAGUGCAGUAUGCAACUGUACUCAUACCUAGAUGUAGACUAGAACACUGCAGGUGACUACGCGACUAUACAGUGCAGGUGUCGCCGGAGUCGUAAAAAUUUAGUCGACCAGAAUAAGAAUACGUUUCAUAGGCUCCCAAUAGCUGAACACAGCCUAUAUGUCCAUAUGUCCGAUAUGUACCUAUACAUCCGAAAUAGCCGUAUAGGUUUUUCUUUUUGUAGUGCAAAGGAUUCAUUCGGUUUCGGCAACUUUAACUCAAUAUGACGUAGUUCUAUGCUUCAUUUUUUGAAAAAAAUGUCUGCCCAAAACCCAAUCUCAACGUAGAUUUCGGCGCCAUUGAUUACAGGAGACAUCAGUACCGUCAUAAGUGACUACGCUUGCUCCUGGGAGUAAGUGAAAAUAGCUGGAGUAAAGAGGACGUGUAACCCGCGUGUACUGUCUCCGUCUUACAAACGUAUAUGACAUUGUGUUCAGCAGGGACAACUUUAUGCUGUGAGUUUUAACAUUAGAACGAGUCGAACUAUUAUCAAAACUUUAAAUUAUGAAAAUUCACAUUUGUGCAACGUUGGCGUUAUUUUUUCGAUAGUUUUGUUUUCGAACGAGAUAUAAACGUUGUUAAAUUGUGACAAUUCACAUAACUUAUAAAAUAUCACCUUAAAAUUAAAAUACCGAACAAAUAGCGCCAACGUUGCACGUAUAAUGUAGUUCUUAUAUUUAUGUUUGUUUAUAGAUCGAUUUGCUCAAAUAUUAAAACGAACAGUUGGUACAAUAUUGUCCCUGCUCAACGCAAACAUCCUAUGCCGCAUGUACGUUUGUAUGCGGUGAUGAUAUAUGCGGGUAUCACGUCCUUACAUACUCUUGAGACGUGAAACAUGUGAUCUUAUAUUAUAAUAUUUUUAAAAAGUAAGUUUCUGUGGCAAUCCUUUUUUCUCCCUUUGUACUUAACCAAAAUCAAUAAAUGAGGUAUCCAUUUCAAUGAUUAAGUUCCCCUCUUUUGACGAAGCGGCGUUAUUUUAAAACUGUACAAUUUAUUAUAUUUGUUUACAAAUCAAAGUUAAAAACUAAUGUUUGAAUCGAAUUGUGUUGUAGCUACGGUAUAUAUUAAUAACAUAAUAGUUAAUAAAUCAUACUCAAAUAAUUGUUCAACAUAACCGGUUGUGUUAAUUAGGAAAUAUUUGUAUGACUGACCUAACUCGUGUCUACUUUCCGUUCCAUUUUUAAUACAAUAUACCUAUUGUUGCAGUCUAUCUAGAUUAAGUAAUGGUUGGUGGGUAGGUAUAACAUAUAAUAUGAGAUAACUGCAUGAUUUUCGAAAAAACAUAUAUUAUAGGUACGAGCCACUGGACGCAAAUUUGUUAAACAUAAGUAUACAUUGGACACUAGAUAGCAGUGGUGAUACGAAUUGGUAAAAUAUUUUAAUAAUUUGAUUCAUAAAAAAUGAAUGGAUUGGUUGUAGGUUCACAAAAGUAACACAAAUUAUUAUAGUUUUACAAAAUAAAACAUCAUAUAAAAUGCUUAAAUAUUCCUUAUAGUACAAUAAGCAAAUAAAACGUACAGGUUUUAAGUAAGUUUUCUGUAUACGCUAAUGUAUGUGUAUAGUGAAAUAAAGGCAUUAAACAUUUUUUAGAUCGCGGAAAGUUUGAUAAGUUUCAAUAAGGGCCUGUUCUGAAACUAGUUUACGUAAAUUAACAAUUUUUGGUGAGAUGUGGUGCAGUCGUUCUAAUCCGGAAAAUAGUGUUAAAUAUCAGGCAGUCGGACUGGGAACCGAAUACAAGUCUCUUGUUUAUCAAUCGAUUAUUCUGUCACUGAGCUACCCUGUACCUGAAUUCUAACACUAUUUCCGAUGGACUUAUACGGUCUAACGUUCAAUAUUUGGAUGGUUGGUGGAGUGUAAGGUUUGGGGGACGAUGGAGCGUUCGGGAGUCGUGUCGAGGGAGGGAGUUAUUUUUGGUAAGUGGGUGGGUGGAAAAUGAAACUGCAGAUUCAAGAUAAAAACAUUUAAAUAGGCCUGUUAGGAUGAUUUAAAUUAGAUCUGAUAUUUUGAUUUGUUGUAAGCAAAUAUAUAUAUAUAUCUUUUUUUUUUUAAUUGAUGGCUUUUCAAAAGAUUAAUAUUUGUUUUAUAAUUUAUUGUUUAGGCCAAUAUUAUUAAUAUUACAUUUCAAAAGAAAUUUAAUGAAUUCCAUCACAUUAAUGCCAUAAAGAGAAAGGUACGUAAUAUAGUUGUAUACAUGUAUGGAUAAUAUUAUUUUUUAUUAUAAUAUGCAUAAUAUUUAAUUAAUACAAAAUGUAUGUAAUUCAUAUAUUUCUAUAAAUUAUAUUAAGUGUACAAAAUAAAGUCAGUAAAAUUGGCUACAAUAGAGCCUAAUAUAUAACUAAUAUUAUUAGGCAUAUAGAUAUUUUAAUACUGAAUUAAUUUAUUAUUUUUAGGUACAUUUGUUCAUUUUGGAGAUGUUGGAUCACAACAUAGAGUUUAUCAUUUACGGUUUUAUUUGCCUGAACUUUGAAAUGUUUGUUUCGGUACGUACAAAUCUAACAUAUUAUAGAUGCCUACCUAGAACAGAUAAUUUUUUAAACAUUAAAAACCUAUUACCUAAGUAAUCGAUUUUCAGAUAAUGGGCACCAUUGCUACAUAUUUAUUGAUUUUGGUGCAAUUAGGAUCUACACCAGACGUCUUGAAUAAAACGAUGAAUGCGACUAACAUAACUACAGCAUCAACAGAAAACGGCGUAUUUACCACGAUAAAACCGUCAUAA